AUGGCAUCAACACAUGAUGCACCCGCGGGCCCUCCUCGCAAAAUCCACGUCUCUUCGACGGCCGCCACGGUCUUCACAGAGGGUAUACUAAAAGCCCACGGCGUCCCCGCUGCGAACGCGUCCAUCAUCGCGCACGCGCUCGUCCUGGCCGAUCUCCGCGGCGUUGACACGCACGGGAUCAUGCGUCUGGAACCCUAUAUCCAGCGAAUCAGAGCGCAAGCGCUGGACCCGCGCGCCGAGCCCACGCUGUCCCAGAUUACGCCCGCGGUUGCGCACGUCGACGGGCACAACGCCUUCGGCUUCCUAGGCGCGCACAUGGGCAUGUGCGCGGCCAUCGCCAUGGCGCAGACGCUCGGCAUCGGUAUGGUGGCUGUGAAGCGCAGCAACCACUUUGGCAUGAGCGCGUGGCUCGUGCAGCAAGCCAUCGACGCCGGCAUGAUGAGUCUGGUUUUUACGAACUCGUCGCCGGCGCUGCCCGUGUGGGGCGGGCGGGAGAAGCUGAUGGGUGUGAGUCCGAUUGCGUGCGGUGCGCCGGGGCCGGAGGGCGGGAAACCGUUUAUUCUUGAUAUGGCGCCGAGUGUGGCCGCCAGAGGGAAGAUCCAUAAGGCUGCGAGGAGGGGGGAGAAGAUCCCUCUCGGGUGGGCCUUGGAUGCGGAGGGGGAGGGGACCGAUGAUCCGCAGGAGGCGCUGCGGGGGGUGAUGCUGCCAAUAGGGGGGCCGAAGGGGAGUGCGUUGAGUAUCAUGAUGGAUGUCUUCUCGGGCGUCUUGAGCGGAAGCGCUUUUGCCGGAGGGGUGACGGGGCCGUAUGAUGAGAGUGGGAAGGAGGCUGAUGUUGGACAUUUCCUAGUGGCGAUCAAGCCGGAUCUGUUCAUGGAUUUGGAAACGUUCAGGGAGAGGAUGGGGGUUUUGUAUGAGAAGGUUGUGGGCUGUGAGAGGAUGAAGGGAGUCGAGAAGAUAUACUUUCCUGGGGAGAUUGAGUUGGAUACUUGUGCGGAGAGGUUGAAGACCGGGAUCCCGUUUGUGGAAAGCGAAAUUGAGGUUCUGAAUAAGGAGGCGGAGGCUGUUGGGUGUGAAAGAAUCGAAGUCAUGCCAUAA